AUGCCCGUAAAAGUUGAUAUAACUCCACCGCCUCCAGCAAAUUCCAAACAGCCUGGAGUGACAAAGUCCCUGCUAUAUAACGGAUCCAAAUUUCAAGGGCACCAGAAAAGCAAAGGUAACUCCUAUGAAGUCGAAGUGGUUUUGCAGCAUGUAGACGAAGAAAAUUCUUACCUUUGCGGGUAUUUAAAAAUAAAAGGUUUAACAGAAGAAUUUCCCACAUUGACAACAUUUUUUGAUGGAGAAAUUAUAUCUUCUAAAUAUCCUUUCCUCACAAGAAAGUGGGAUGCCGAUGAAGAUGUUGAUAGAAAGCAUUGGAGCAAAUUUGAUUUGUUUGUACCCUACUUAAAGACAUUCAAUUCGGAUUCGUUUGAUUAUGACUCUCUCGAAAAGGCUGACUAUGUGUUUAUGAGGUGGAAAGAACACUUUUUAGUGCCAGAUCAUACAAUAAAGGAUAUAAAUGGUGCUUCAUUCGCUGGUUUUUACUAUAUAUGCUUCCAUAAGUCUGCAGCUACAAUAGAAGGCUAUUAUUACCAUCGAAGUUCUGAAUGGUAUCAAUCUUUGACAUUAAGCCAUGUACCGGAACACAGCAUCCAAAUUUAUGAGUUUAGAUGA